UUUACAAUCGACGUGUGAGUGCACCACAUUUUUUCAAUAUGAAUUUCUGAAUAACUUGAAUGAGAGAGAAAUUCUGUUUCUCAGCAAUGUAUGCGAGAAAGGCUAACUUCUGUUUGCUUCUAAUUGUCACCUGACUGUUUCAGCAGUAAACCUGGUAAAAAUGUACCCAACUACCAUAACACAGCUGGCACGGUCGAAUCCUUUCCAGGCUCCUCUUUUCUCCAUUAAACCAGAUCAGCAACAAGAGAGCUUGCAGAUAAAACGCAAACUUGCUGCAGCAGUUUAUGAUGAUGCAGAUGUGAGCUGUGAAUAUGGGUCAAAUAAAUAUUAUGCCCUCUGCGGCUUUGGUGGGGUUUUGAGUUGUGGUCUCACACACACAGCAGUCGUGCCCCUCGACCUCAUUAAAUGCCGCAUACAGGUGGACCCGGUUAAGUACAAGUCCAUCUUCAAUGGUUUCUCAGUGACCCUGAGAGAGGAUGGCUUUAGGGGUCUGGGCAAAGGGUGGGCUCCUACAUUCAUUGGUUACUCAAUGCAAGGCCUUUGCAAGUUCGGUUUCUAUGAAGUCUUUAAGGUGCUGUACAAUGACAUGCUUGGAGAGGAGAAUGCUUAUUUGUGGAGGACAUCAGUGUAUCUGGCCGCAUCUGCCAGCGCUGAAUUUUUUGCCGAUAUUGCACUGGCUCCUAUGGAAGCAUGUAAAGUGCGCAUCCAGACGCAGCCCGGCUACGCUAACACCCUGAGAGAGUGCGGCCCCAAAAUGCAUGCUGAGGAGGGGCUAAAAGCGUUCUAUAAAGGUGUUUAUCCCUUGUGGCUGAGGCAGAUCCCAUACACCAUGAUGAAGUUUGCCUGUUUCGAGCGAACCGUGGAGAUGCUGUACAAGUACAUAGUACCAAAACCACGCAGUGAGUGCUCCAAACCUGAGCAGCUGGUGGUGACCUUUCUUGCUGGUUAUAUUGCUGGCGUGUUCUGUGCUGUGGUGUCCCAUCCCGCUGACUCUGUGGUGUCUUUACUGAAUAAAGAGAAAGGCAGUUCAGCUGUUGAGGUGGUGAAAAGGCUGGGACCCGCAGGUUUGUGGAAGGGUCUUUUUGCUCGAAUCAUUAUGAUUGGCACACUGACCGCUCUCCAGUGGUUCAUCUACGACUCAGUGAAGGUGUACUUCCGUCUGCCCCGUCCACCGCCCCCUGAGAUGCCCGAGUCCCUUAAGAGGAAGAUGGGUCUCCUGGACUACUAGACUCCUUUCUUAUCAACAACAUCCUGAAUAACUAAAGAACGGCAAAGAUUUUUCCACAUUCACCACUUAUCCAAUAAACUCCACAGUCUCUGGAGUGUUUAUCAUUGAAGAAAGCACUAUUGAAUGAUCACUAGAUGCUCCCAGUGUCACUGUAUGUCUGCAUGAAUAUUAGAGUAAAAUCAAUCACACACUAAACAUCUGUUGACUUUUAUGUGACUCCUAUGUGUUUUGUCAAACUGUUUUGCUCUCAAUAUGUAACUAAACUAACUAAAUCUACAAAGACUAUUGUAUGUAUCAUCUAGAAAUAGAAUUGUUGAAGUGUAGAAGUGUUUUGUCAUUAUGUGUAGAAUUAUAAAAA